UUAGCAACAGAACCUCGGCUAUAUAAGGAACAGACAGCGCAGGUCUCAGUCGCUGUGAAAGCCAUACACCCCUCCACCUGGCGCACACACAUACCCACACACACGCCUGCAGAUCCAGCACCGUCCUAUUCAUUCUAGCGCACAUCCUCUGACCGGAUGAGUUACCCGUUGGACACGAUAGGAAGUCCCUUCAGGAGAGUUAUGGAUACCAGAACAACCAGUUACGGCUACGGCCGCCCCGCCGGCACCCCUUCCAGCGGUUUUCGCUCCCAGUCCUGGUCCCGGGCAAGCCCGGGCUCCACCCUGACCACGUCCUAUAAGAGGAGCGUCAACGUGCCGGUGUCCCGAGCCUACAACCCCACGGUGCUCUCCUCAGCCGACAGCGUUGAUUACAGUCAGACCUCCAUCCUUAACGGUGACUACAAGCGAUCUAAUGAGAAGGAGCAACUUCAGGGGCUCAACGACCGCUUCGCUGUUUAUAUCGACAAGGUGCACUACCUGGAGCAGCAGAACAAGCAGAUCGAGGCGGAGAUCCAGGCACUGCGGCAGAAGCAGGUGUCACGCUCCCAGCUGGACGACCUCUAUGACGAGGAGCUGAAGGAGCUGCGCUCCGUGCUGGAGCAAAUCCACCGGGACAAGGCGCAGAUCCAGCUGGACACCGACCACAUCGAGGAGGACAUCCAGCGGCUCAGGGACCGCUUCGAGGAGGAAGCCCGGAUCCGCGAAGAGACAGAAGCCAUAAUCCGCGUCCUGAAGAAGGACACCGGCGACUCGGAGUUGAUGAAGUCCGAGUUGGAGAAGAAAGUUCAGUCGCUGCAGGAUGAGAUCGCUUUCAUUCGCAACAACCACGAGGAGGAGGUGAGCGAUCUCAUCGCGCAGAUCCAGGCGUCUCAGGUGACCGUGGAGAGGAAGGACCUCCAGAAGGCGGACAUCACCGAGGCUCUCCGAGAGAUCCGCUGCGAGCUUGAGGGCCACUCCAACCAGAACCUGCAGCAGGUGGAGAAUUGGUUCAUGUGCCGCUACACCAAGCUCACCGACGCUGCGGAGCAGAACAAGGACGCCAUAAAGUCCGCCCGGGACGAAAUAGCCGACUACCGGCGCCAGCUGCAGUCCAAGACUGUGGAGCUGGAGUCCGUCCGGGGGAUGAGGGAGUCCCUGGAGCGGCAGCUGAAUGACAUCGAGGACCGCCACAACAGCGACCUGGCCAGCCUGCAGGAGACAAUCCACCAGCUGGAUAAUGAACUCAAGAGCACCAAGUGGGAGAUGGCUCGUCAUCUUCGUGAGUACCAGGACCUGCUGAAUGUCAAGAUGGCCUUGGACAUCGAAAUUGCUGCAUACAGGAAACUUCUAGAGGGUGAGGAGACCCACUUCAGUACUUUCCCUUAUCGCCAGGCUGUCACUUCAUCUAAAAGCUCCAAAUCUAAAUCUGAGCCCCCAAAGCUGAAAGUGCAGCACAAGUUUGUGGAGGAGAUCAUCGAGGAGACGAGGGUGGAGGAUGACAAGUCUGACCUCGAUGAGGCCCUAGCAGAGAUUGCUCAUGAGCUUUCUGCCACUCCAGGAGAAGGUGGACAGGAGGAAGAGGAGGGGGAGGAGGUGGAAGAGGAAAAUGGGGAGGGGGAGAUUGAAGAAGCAGAGGGAGAGGAGGGAGGUGAGGAAGAGGAAGUUGUAGCUGCCACCGAAGCUAAAGUUAGCGCUAGUGCACCUACUAAAGAUGAGGAGGAAGAUGAAAAGGAUGGUGAGGAAGGAGAAGAGGGAGAGGGAGAAGGUGAUAAGGAAGAAGAGAAGGAAGACGAAGGAGGAGAAGAAGGGGAGGGAGAAGAUGAAGGUGAAAAGGUGGAUGAGGCAGAUGCAAGUGAUGAAGAGGGAGAAGGAGGAGAGGAGGAGGAAGUUGAGGAGACAGUGUUGUCAUCCAAAGUUCCAGAGUCGAAAGCAUCUCCUGUGAAAGAGACGGGAGGACACAAGGAGGGCAGCACCGGAGAGGAGGAGGAAGAGGAGGCUGCUGCUGAACAAGAGGCUACUGCUGAAGAGGAGGGCGGCGAUCAGGAAGAGGAAAAAGGCAGUGAUGAAGCAGCUAAAGGUGGGGAUGAGACAGAGGAAAAGGAUGAUGCUGGAAAAGAAAAAGAGGCUGAUGAGGAGAAAGGAAAAGAUGAGAAAGCAGAAGACAAAUCAGAAAAAGUUGUAGCAAAGUCUGAAGCUCCUAAAACCGAAGCUGCAAAGCCUGAAGUGAGCAAAGAAGAGGCACCUAAAGCAGAAGAAUCUAAACCUGAAUCCCCCAUGUCUGAUUCACCUAAGCCUGGUUCUCCUAAAUCUGAAUCCCCAAAACCAAGUUCCCCCAAGUCUGAAUCCCCACAACCAAGUUCUCCCAAGUCUGAAUCCCCAAAACUGAGUUCCCCCAAGUCUGAAUCCCCAAAACUGAGUUCCCCCAAGUCUGAAUCCCCAAAACUGAGUUCCCCCAAGUCUGAAUCCCCAAAACUGAGUUCCCCCAAGUCUGAAUCCCCAAAACUGAGUUCCCCCAAGUCUGAAUCCCCAAAAGUGAUUUCCCCCAAGUCUGAAUCCCCAAAAGCGAUUUCCCCCAAGUCUGAAUCCCCAAAAGCGAUUUCCCCCAAGUCUGAAUCCCCAAAAGUGAUUUCCCCCAAGUCUGAAUCCCCAAAAGUGAUUUCCCCCAAGUCUGAAUCCCCAAAAGCGAUUUCCCCCAAGUCUGAAUCCCCAAAAGCGAUUUCCCCCAAGUCUGAAUCCCCAAAACUGAGUUCCCCCAAGUCUGAAUCCCCAAAAGUGAUUUCCCCCAAGUCUGAAUCCCCAAAAGCGAUUUCCCCCAAGUCUGAAUCCCCAAAAGUGAUUUCCCCCAAGUCUGAAUCCCCAAAAGCGAUUUCCCCCAAGUCUGAAUCCCCAAAAGCGAUUUCCCCCAAGUCUGAAUCUCCAAAGUCAGAUUCUUCUAAACCAGACACCCCUAAAGCUGAAUCUCCUAAAGAAGGCUCACCCAAGCCUGAAUCCCCUAAGCCUAGCUCCCCUAAAACUGAGUCCCCCAAUACCCAAACCAUCAAACCUGAGGAUCCAAAGGAAGACAAAUCAGAGAAGAAAAGUGACCCAACAGAGGUAAAGAAGGUAGAAAAGAAAGAUGUUGCCAUGAACGGUGAUGUAGACAAGAGCAGCCCAGAGGAGGAGAAGAAAGACGACAUGAUCGCCAACGGCGUAGACGAGAGCCCUAUGAAGGAGGAUAGUAGCCAGAAAGUAGUCAUCACCAAGACUGUGGAGACAAUCACCACAGGAGAAGACGGGUCCCAGCACGUCACCAAGUCCAUCACAGUGACAGAAACUGUUAAGGAGUCUGAGGAGGUGCUGCAGGAGAAGCUGGUCUCCACAAAGAAGAUGGAGAAGCACUCAACUCAGUCCAUCAAGCAGGUGACAGAGGCCGACUGAGCAGGAACCAAACAGCAGGAAAAGGUGGAAGAAGCAGUAGAGCAACAGGGAGGUGGUGGGGGACAGGAGGAGGAAAACACAAGCAAUCACCAAACAUAAAGAAAACCAUACAGCUAGAGCGAUGUAACAAUGACAACCACUCUGAAAACAAAUCCUAGAGAGAAGCCAAAAUCUAAAGUUCAAACAUGCAUGUUGAGUGAAAGCUUUAAACGGGCUUUGCUACUGAAGAGGCGAGGAGCAAGCGACCGAGACAUUUUAACCUUUCUUUCUAUCUGCUUUUUCAAGGUGAGCUCAGGGGUUCCACGAAGGGAGGGGUAGACGGGGUCUCUGCAUGCUAGCUCUGGGAGGUGGAGUGGAGUAGUUUCCCCUCUUCUCUGUAUGUUUGGUAGGAAAACGCACCAUUACGAGGGUGACGACAUAAAAGCUACACAUGUUAUACGAGUGGGGGGAGAAUGAAUUUUAGGGGCCUUGGUUUGAUUUUUGAGUUUAAACCGCAGCAGGUGGGGUGGAGAAGGCCAGGCGGAGGGUCCCCGGCGCAGACAUGCACUCUACUGACAAAGCCUUACUUGACACGUGAUGUUGCCAUCUGAGCCAAAACAGAAGCAAACAAUAAAUACAAAAAAUGGGGUGGAGACGAAGAGGAGCAGCGACACGAUGAAAACAUCAACCACAAACAUCCAGUAACUGAAGCAGUUACAGCUUAAUGACCCUGAUGAAACUCCCAGCCUUAAACAUGCUUUUUAUCUGUGUCUGUUAUGUUUACCGAGUGCAACAGAACAAAUAUACCUGUACAUGCAUAGGAACAUGCAUUCAUGUACGCAUAGAAUGGACUUGAAUUUAAUUACAGAAAUAAAUGAGGUGCUACUGUUUGCAGUCCCAUGACUUUACUCAUCAUCAACUAUUUCCCAGCAGCCUUUGCUCAAUAAAUGUCAUAAUAAUGUAAAGAU